AUGGCUCUGUCAAACUUUGGCAUAUAUCUUCAGCGUUCAACGAAGUUGCUCAGGGACAACAGCGUCAAAAUCCUGCGCAUGGAGGGCGCGAAUAUGCCCAACCAUGCCCCUAUGACGUUGUUGUCCCUCCAGAACCGCGAAGAUAUCUCACACUUUGCGAGUGGAUGCGACGCCGACAUUGGGGGGACUUCGUCCGUUCGCCUCGAUGCCGACGAAGACGCGGAGAGAAACGCGGGGAGCGGGAGCCCGCUGACGAUGCGCUUCUGGGGCGAGAUGAACUUGACGGUGAAGCCGCAGCUGCAGGGCAGGAUAAGAGGGGGAUAUGCUGGGUUCCGGUCAAAGCCACGCCCGACGCUGUUUGGGGAGCUGACGGACGAUGUGUCGAAUCACAAGUAUCUGGCACUGCGUAUGCGGCUAGGAGGGAGCCCACGGACGCGCAAUUCGUACUUUGUCAACCUUCAGACGGACGGUCCUAUCACCACGGAUCUGUGGCAGCACCGACUGUAUUUCCAGCGGAACGACGGCGGCUGGGAGGACAUCUUUAUACCGCUCGAGAACUUUGUGCUCACCAACACCGGCGAGAUGGUCAGCGAGCAGAUUGAGAUGCUGCGCGAGCGGGUGCGCACAAUAGGCAUCUCACUCCUCGGAGGCAACAGCGGCGUCUCGGGGCCGUACGACCUCGGCAUCGCGUCAGUACGCGCAGUGAACGAGGAGGACGUGACAAAACCUCCGUGUAUGUUUGCUACUACGUCAUCAUGUACGCCUGUAACUCACCAGUCCGUAGUGGAAAAGGACGUGCAGAACUUCCACAGGAGUUCAGUGUGA